UGUUCAGUGGGGGUGGGGUGCUGCUGACCUCGACUGGGGACAACUUGGGUUGUGGAGGGAAUACUUCGAAGACCUCCUCUGGCUCUCUGCGGAUGGUUACAUUGAAAAGAUACAUACACUCUUCAGAGUAAGAGCUGGAUGUAAAGGUGCACAUGAUGUCUACUCCAGCAAAGCUUCGGAUUGUCCUAGGAGAAGAGAGCUAUGUGAAGCUAAUUUUGCCUUCUGGAAUACCAGACUCUGUGGACAAUCUUAAAUUUGAGAUUCAAAAACAGUGUGGAAUUGAAGGAGAGUUCAGACUGCAGUACAUGAACAAUGAUUUUGACCAGUUUAUGAACCUGACUUCAAACGCAAGUUUUCCAAGACAAAGGAACAGUAAAAGUGAUUAUACCAAGUGAGCAGUCAACACAGGUACCCAGUCAUACUCCACCUUUUCAGGGUAUGGAUGAUUGCUCUGCAGACACUGAUAUACUUUCAUCCUCUGAGUCAACCUCCUCAACUUCAACCUCAUCCUCGUCACUAAGAUGUCAAGGCUGGCCACGGAGCUUCCCUAUUCCUCUGUUCUGCCAUGAAGUAGAGAUGCAGCUGUCAAACGCAAACCAGAUACUCCUUGCUGAAGGCAAGCAGCUGAACCCAAGUUCCAAAGUCAGGUCAGACAUUUUGCAGGCCUUGGCUUCUGAAAUAAUGAAGUACACAGCCGGAUACCCUACCUCUGCACAAUUAGAUGAUGUUGCAGAAGCUUUGAUCAUAAAACAUCCAUGCUUAAAGGAACAGGGCUCUGUUACUAGAUACUAUGGUUGGAAAAUCAGCUUAAAGUACAAAAUGGGCAACUACCGCACUAAGCUUAGGAGCUUGGGAUGCCCAGAAAUGAACAUUAACUCCAUGAAAAACAGAAAGCCUGGUAACUCUUCAAGUCCUAACCAAGUGAAGAAACCCAGGAGAGCUGAAGUCAAUUUCUACCCUCAUUACUUAGCUGGAGAAGACAGAGAGAGUCUUGAGAAGGAGCGAGUGGAACUGCUAUCUGAGGUCAAGAAAUGGAACAACCAUCAGGUGAUAAAAGAGAAGAUGGAGAAAACCUUUGCUCAUUGGCGGCAUGAGGUGGUUCAAGACAUGCCCUUCAUUGCAGAAUUCAAAAGUAGAUGGCCAGCUCUUUUUAUGGAACAUGAGGCAAGUCUUGAAAGUAUCAUCAGAACUUUAAUAUUUCUGGUAAGCGCAGAGUUCACGCGGAUAACCACCAUCCCGCUCAUUCCAAAGUUUAUGUCGCAGCUGGACCACUACUCUGACAAGUUGGCUACAGUGCUCCGUAAGAAAGGGGGAGCAGCAGGAAACCAAAUCAAAAAGAUCAUGGCUGUUAUUGACCAGUACGACUCCAUCGAAACAAGGAGAGCAUGCAGCCUCCAGGCACUAGCUUUGUAUCUCAAGGAAGACCCUGAAGAGCUAGUGAAGGAAUACGGAUGAGAACCCUGAUGAAACCCAGAGAGAUUUGGAUGAAACGAUGAUCGGCAUCUAUGUGAUAAAAAAUCCAGGUGCAGAUGUUGACAAGAUGGCGGCGCGCAACAGUGCAGCGGCUUCUCGUGCUCCCGGGGUCAAGCCCUCUUUUAGUACUUUUUCCGUUGGUCCCGAGGCCAACUUCACUCGUGUUGCUUGGGUUAACAAGCGUACAAUGUAUAGCCGAACCGAACUUUUCAAAAUAAAGGAUGGUUCGGUCAGAGACACAACAACAGCAACACCACUAACAACAAGAGCGGCCCUUGGACUCAGGGCCUUGCUGGGCAGACUGCAGCUCCUGAGGACAUCGGGCUGGCGCAGAGGUACCCGCUGGACAAAGGGCAAACGGAAGCGGUGUGCAAGGAAGCAGAAGAGGGGUAAACGGAGCGGACUGCUAGCCAGGCUAAAGGCUAAUGCGGGGAGACCACCGAUCCCGCCACUGUUCCUCUCCAAUGUCCGCUCUCUGGACAACAAGAUGGACCUGCUUCGACUGAGGCUGAGGGCUUCCCGUGAGAUGAGGAACUGUGCGGUGCUUUGUCUUACGGAAACCUGGCUGAACGACAACAUGCCGGACUCAGCCUUCCAGAUCGACGGCCGGCUUCUCUUCCGAGCGGACCGUAACCAGCAGUCGGGGAAAGCCCGCGGGGGCGGAUUAUGUGUCUACGUGAGCAAAGGUUGGUGUACGAACUGUGCUUUGGUGAACAGCCACUGCUCCGAGGCAGUAGAGUAUAUGACUGUGAAGUGCCGGCCACACUAUUUGCCUCGUGAGUUUACGGCGGUGUUUGUUAUGGCUGUUUACAUCCCGCCGGGUGCGAAGGCCAACGAAGCGCUUAAGGAGCUUCAUGACAUCAUCAGCUCGCUCCAGCACAAGCACCCGGAGGCAUUUUACGUGGUAGCGGGGGAUUUUAACCACGUAAACCUGACAGACACUCUGCCUAAGUUCCACCAGCAUGUCACCAUACCGACACGGGGAGAUAACACGCUGGACCGUGUUUACACCAACAAAAAAGACGCAUACAGAGCCGUCCCCCACCCCCACCUGGGCCUCUCCGACCACAUCUCCAUCAUGCUGGUCCCCGCCUACCGUCCUCUGCUCAGACGCCACAGGCCAACACAGAGGACUAUCACCGUGUGGCCCAGUGAUGCGGCCCUAACACUGCAGGACUGUUUCCAGCGCACAGACUGGCAAAUCUUCAGGGAGGCAGCUGCCCUUGAGGGACAGGUGGACCUAGAGGAAUAUACGUCGGCUGUCCUCGGCUACAUCAACAAGUGUGCAGAGGAUGUCACCACCACCAGGACAAUAACAGUCUACCCGAACCAGAAACCCUGGCUGAAUGCGGAGGUCAGGUCUCUGCUGAAAGCCAGGGAUGCUGUGUUCAGGUCAGGUGACAGACUGGCACUCAGAGCGGCUAGGAGACAGCUGAUAGCAGGAGUAAAGAGGGCCAAGGCCACAUAUGCCCGGAGGAUCGAGGGACAUUUUACAUCUAACGAUCCACGGAGUAUGUGGAGGGGCAUAAAGUGCAUCACAGACUACAACACCAGAGAUGCACAGUGCCCCAGGGACUCCUCUCUGCCCGACGCUCUCAACACUUUCUACGCCCGCUUUGAUGACCCGAACACCUCCCCCAGCACCAGACUCACUCCACCACCAGGUGAAGAGCCUCUCAGCGUGACCCCAGCAGAGGUGAGGAGAACCCUCCAGAGGAUUAAUCCACGCAAAGCCACGGGUCCCGAUAACAUCUCCGGGAGGCUGCUGAGGAGCUGCGCACACCAGCUGACGGAUGUCCUGACAGACAUCUUUAACACCUCCCUCCAACAAGCAGCGGUCCCUACCUGCCUGAAGACGGCCACAAUCAUCCCCAUCCCCAAAACCUCCACAGUGACAGGCCUGAAUGACUAUCGGCCGGUUGCCCUCACACCGAUAGUCAUGAAGUGCUUCGAGAGACUGGUGAUGGCCCACAUCAAAGACUGCAUCGACGUCACUGUGGACCCACACCAGUAUGCAUACAGAAAGAAUCGAUCCACAGAGGAUGCCAUUUCUUCUGUGGUCCACACAGCCCUCACCCACUUAGAGAACAAGGACUCUUAUGUUCGCCUGCUCUUUGUGGACUUCACGUCUGCAUUCAACACCAUCAGACCGCAGACUCUGGUUUCGAAACUGACCACACUCGGGCUGAGCUCUACCCUCUGCAACUGGGUUCUGGACUUCUUAACAAAAAGGCCGCAGUCUGUUAAGAUCCAUGAUGUCUCCUCCUCCACCAUCACCCUCAGCACAGGCUCCCCCCAGGGCUGUGUGCUGAGCCCCCUUCUGUUCACUCUGCUCACACACGACUGCUCAGCGAGACAUCCGAGCUGUCUAAUAGUGAAGUUUGCAGAUGAUACAGCUGUGGUUGGACGAAUCGCUAACAACGACGAGUCGAACUACAGGCAGGAAGUGGAACACCUGGAGGGUUGGUGCAGAGAAAACAACCUCUGCAUCAACGUGAAGAAGACCAAGGAGAUGAUCGUGGACUUCAGAAGGGGCAGACAUCUCCCCCCUCCCCUGCACAUCGGAGGGAAAGCGGUGGAAGUGGUCUCCAGCUUCAGGUACCUGGGUGCGAACAUCGCAAACGACCUCACCUGGAGCACCAACACCUCCUAUCUGGUUAGGAAGGCACACCAGCGCCUCUACUUCCUCAGGAGGCUGCGGUGCGCUGGACUGGGGAGCUCAGUCCUGACCUCGUUCUACAGAUGUGUGGUGGAAAGCGUCAUGUGCACCUGCAUCACCGUGUGGCACGGCAACUGCUCUGCAGCAGAGAAGAAGGCUCUGCAGAGGGUGGUUAAAGCUGCACAGAGGACUGUGGGAUGCAGCCUACCCACCACCACGGACAUUUACACCUCCAGAUGCAGGAAAAGGGCCUCCUGCAUCAUGAAGGACCCCACUCACCCCGCACACGCUCUGUUUGCCCCUCUCCCCUCGGGCAGGAGGCUGCGGAGCAUUAAGAGCAGGACCACCAGACUGAGGAACAGCUUCUUCCCAGAAGCUGUGAGACUGUUGAACUCUGGAGGACCCCUGUAGCCCCUGCCCCUCAUCCCCAACCCCACCUCCACCCCCACCCCCCAUCCCCCAUCUGGACCCCCCACCA